UUGACACUGGUACAAAAAAAGAAGCAGGAUGUAGCGGUACAUGUAGGCUAUCGAGCUCGCUUCACAUCAAUCAAACCGACAGAAGUCCUUGCUUUUAUUGUCGACGGGCGUCGAUUGCAUUGGAGGUUGAGAGAUGGCUGUAGUAGGCAUUGUCAGCAGAGACGACAAACAUUAAGAAAAUGUCCAACAUCCUCGAUGCAGCGUCCAAAGUGAGAUGGGACCGUACGACUGCGGCCAAGCGAGCCGUGUUUCUUGCGGCUGCUGCCUACGGUGUCAAAACACUGUACCCCAUCAUCUGGAAGCAGCUCAGCAAAAACAAAGAUCCCAGGAACAAUGGACGGAUUUCAAAGGCGGAAAAUGGAUCCACUUGUUUGAUAAAAACAUCGAAUGGUGCUGCGAAUCACAAGAAGACAUCGCCUGGUGUAAAUGCAGAAUUUUUCAAGCAGAUACUCGAACUUGGUAAAAUCCUAUUCCCAAAGCUUGUUUCCAAAGAGCUCGGUUUACUCUCUCUGCACUCGGUUGCUCUGAUAUCCAGGACAUUUUUGUCUAUUUAUGUGGCCAGCCUUGACGGUAAGAUUGUAAAAACGAUCGUUGAAAAAAGACCCAAGCGCUUCAUCCUUCAGCUGAUCAAAUGGCUCCUCAUCGCCAUCCCGGCCACAUUCGUCAACAGCGCCAUCCGGUACUUGGAGUGCAAACUAGCUCUUGCCUUUCGCACCCGGUUAGUAAACCAUGCCUACCGGACCUACUUCACCGAUCAGACCUACUACAAAGUGAGCAACAUGGACGGGAGGCUCGCCAACCCAGACCAGUCUCUCACUGAAGAUGUCAUGAUGUUUUCCCAGUCGGUGGCCCACCUCUAUUCUAACCUCACAAAGCCCAUACUGGACGUGAUGCUGACCUCCUACACGUUGAUACAGACCGCCAGGUCCAGAGGGGCCAACGCCACCGGGCCGACCCUGCUGGCUGGGCUGGUGGUCUUUGUCACAGCUAAGGUCCUGCGUGCCUGCUCGCCAAAAUUUGGCAAGCUGGUGGCCGAGGAGGCUCACAGGAAAGGCUAUCUGCGCUAUGUGCACUCCAGGAUCAUUGCCAACGCUGAGGAAAUAGCUUUCUACAGGGGGCAUAAGGUGGAGAUGCGUCAGCUGCAGAAGUGUUACCGGGCUCUGGCAGACCAGAUGAACCUGAUCCUGUCCAAGCGUCUCUGGUACAUCAUGAUAGAGCAGUUUCUCAUGAAGUAUGUGUGGAGCAGCAGUGGGCUCGUCAUGGUGGCUGUGCCAAUCAUAACAGCGACAGGCUUUGCUGACAAUGAAACAGCAGACGGGCACACACACGUGAUGGUGAGUGAGAGGACAGAGGCUUUCACUACCGCCCGUAACCUGUUGGCCUCAGGAGCUGAUGCUAUCGAGAGAAUCAUGUCGUCCUAUAAAGAGGUCACAGAGCUGGCAGGUUACACUGCACGGGUUCACAACAUGUUUUUGGUGUUUGAGGAUGUCCAGAGGGGCGUCUACAAGCGCUCUUCUCUAUCAGCCACAACAGGACCCGAGAAGAAGAGCAAGCCUGAGAUGCACAUAGACGGACCGUUGGAGAUACAGGGUGAAGUGAUAGAUGUAGAAAAUGGAAUUGUGUGUGAGAAUGUUCCAAUAAUAACACCUAAUGGGGACGUGGUAGUGUCUUGCCUGAAUUUUAAGGUAGAAGAGGGCAUGCAUCUACUCAUCACUGGGCCUAAUGGCUGUGGGAAAAGCUCUCUGUUCAGGAUCCUCAGCGGCUUGUGGCCUGUGUACAGCGGCCAACUCCACAAACCCUCUCCUCAACACAUGUUCUACAUCCCUCAGAGGCCGUACAUGUCCAUAGGUUCACUGCGGGACCAGGUGAUCUACCCAGACUCUGUGGAGGACAUGUCUGCCAGAGGCCUCAGUGACAAGGACCUGGAUGCUAUCCUGGACAUUGUUAACCUUAAACACAUAGUCACCAGAGAGGGAGGCUGGGACACUGAGCUGGAUUGGAAGGAUGUUCUGUCAGGAGGCGAAAAGCAAAGGAUGGGCAUGGCCCGUAUGUUCUACCACAGGCCUAAGUAUGCGCUGUUGGAUGAGUGUACCAGUGCUGUGAGUAUUGACGUGGAGGGAAAGAUUUUCCAGACUGCUAAGGAUGCCAGCAUCUCUUUGCUGUCCAUCACGCACAGACCCUCACUGUGGAAGUACCACACCCACCUGCUGCAGUUUGACGGCGAGGGAGGCUGGCGCUUCGAGCAGCUGGACACGGCGACGCGCCUCUCCCUCACCGAGGAGAAACAACGCCUGGAGGCCCAGCUGGCCGGCAUCCCCGAGAUGCAGCAUCGCCUGAACGAGCUGUGCAAAAUCCUGGGAGACGACUCGGUCCUCAAAACAGCCGAGGAGUGAACUAGAGCUGGGUAAGGGGCCCAGAGGGGAAAAGAAGAGAGGAAUCGAGGGGGGAGUGGGGGGGGGGGGGGACAAAGAGGCAAUGAAAGAAAAAAGAAAUCUGUAGGGGGAUUUGUUCAUGUUUUUUUGGGGGGGGGGGGCUUAGAUUUUCUUUUUUUUUUUUUAGGUUGUUUAGAAUUUUUUCUUUUGCUCCGAGCCUCUUCCAUUAAACCAGCAUAGACAUCUCCUUCCUCUCUUCUUUUAGUCUCUUCUUUACCCUGCUGCUGUGAGCGGGACAGCAAAGUGGAGUCACACAUAUUCUCCUACCGGAUGUAGGUUUUUAAAUAUUUUGUUUCAGCAUACAUCAUUUUUAACGUCAGUUUGCCACAGUUCAAACUGGUAAAUGAAUUUGUUUGUUUUUUUAGCACUUUACUCUUUUAUAGAGGGCUGUUUCUGUUUGUUGUGUUCGCUCACAGUGACUCGGUGAUAGCUGCAUUUUAGCUGAAAAAACUUGUAGUACAAAAACCACUUUAUAAUGUCCAAAGCAGUAUUCUGAUCCCAGCGUUCUGGGAUUGUACAGGAUGAACAUGUUUCUUAAUUUAGCAGUAGAAUCUCAUCCUAACUGAAGUUACCUCCUAACUUUGAGAGUUCAUAAGAGACUAUUUUUCAAAAUGUCACAGUAUGCCUUUGUUUGAUUGGAGGAUCUGGCUACAGUACAAUCCCUUUCCUGAUACCUCACCUUAACCCAUCUUCUUGCUGACAAAGUGAACCACUAAGGCUCAGUUGCAGAUGCACACAUGGCUGGCACAGAAAAAUGGCCAAUCUGGGGUCAUUAUUAUAACGAUUAGUGACGCAGACCUGACUCCUUAACUACAGGUUUCUGCUUUAUUGAACAAAUACAAUGAGAUUAAGAGCCACCCUCAAAAGCUUUCUGGUCCUGGUGGUCUACAUAUAUAUACCAUACACAGAUAGCCAUGUUACUGACAGACCCACCUGCACGCAGUGCCCUGUUCAAACUGUCCGCUGUGUUGACACCAAACACACAGCUUUAUGAUUGUUGGCUCUUUUUGAGUCUGUUUGGAUGCACAACAUGGCAUGAUGUGACAAUGAGCUAAUACAUGGCACUCAUUCUAUCAAACUAUACACUUGAUGAAGACACAAGUUAACUUAGUCAAAGCUUAAUUUUUGUUUUAAAGUGGAAGCAGAGUGUUUACAUUACCCUGAAAGUUUUGGUAAAACUCCACACAUUACAUUUUAGUUUAUUAGGCCUUAUUGUGUUUAACAGAAUAGGACUUACUUUUGGCUUGAGCACUAUUUGACAAACAGUCCGAUCAUUCUCUCACAUAACUUCUCCGAAGGUGUGAUACUGUGAAAUUAGUGAUCCAGUGCAUAAACAUCAUUACCUUUUCAUGAAAAAGUCCUAAAUGCUGUUCUCAUGUGGUGGUUCUGAGUUUGAGAUGUAGCUGUACUUCUUUUCAGACGUGUGUGCAUAAAGAGUCUAAAUGAAAAAGGAUUUCAAAGACUAUCGACUAUCGGGGGUGUACCAGGGAGUUUGGAUUGUUUUCUACAUCACACAAUAGGAACAGGGAGUUGAACAUUCAAUGAUUUGAUUCAUUAAGGAUCAUUUUUUGUGUGAUAGGUAACCAAAUGUUUACCUAGUUCAACUGUGAUUCAAUGUGUCCUGUGUUCAAAUCUCUGUAUCAACCCUGACUUCAAUUACAGAACCCAGAACCAAUGACAUGUGUGGAAUCACUAUAGAAUCAUAUGAAUGAGGAAAUCAUUUUAUAAGAGAGAAAAAUCACUGGACUUGUGUAUUUAUACUUUAACACUGUACACCAAUCAGAACUCAAUACAUGUUAUUCUGAAAGAUGUAUUGACUGGUUAAGUGUAAUAUCAUCUCACUGGAUACAAUAACACUGUUAUCAUGUCUCUGUUUAACACUUCACCAUGAUGGUGUUGCAAAGCAUGGACAAUCAGUGACAUGAACAGGAGAAGACCAACACAAACACAACUAUGAACCACACCUUUAUUCUGGUUUCUUCUAAGUAACUCCCAGGUCUUAAAGGAAGAAUGUGCCACUAUUUGAUCCAGUAGAUGUCACCCAAAACAAACUGCUGUUUGGGGACAUCUCUACUAUUCUGAAAACUCUGCUCUCCUCCAGAGACACACCUCCAACCGUUCUCCACACGCGUUCGCACGGAGGAGUUAUGAAUUAGAAAGCGGCAUAAUUAAGCACCAUUAAGCACAAGCGGUGGACAAAAUUGUCCUUUGCUCGAGCUGCAAUCACCUGUAUCCUGAAUUGUUGUGUUAGCAUGCUAAUGUUAGCACUCUUUGGUUUAGCUUCAUAUUGCACAUACAUUGACACAGAAUGACCGAGAUCUAAAGACACUUACAUGACAUCCAAAUAAGCAGCGAGGAGGUUCUCAUGAUAUUCUUUUUUUCCUGUAUUUAUGUGUUAAAUGUCGCACAUUCUUCCUUUAAAGGCUUUAUUUGUGAUUUUUCACACUUAAAUAUAAUAUAAAUCAAGUAUAUCCUCUGAAAAUAACUCUGUGAGUCAUGACUGUCUACAAUGGGUGUAACACCUGAGUCCCACUGUCUGUGAUGUUUUCAGAGUUUUCAGAGUCCUAUCUUCAGUUUGUUUACAUCGCCAGGACGGCCGGCUGACUCCUCCCCUCGUGUAUAAAAGUUGAGGGACUAGAGAAAAGAAGAAUAACAUACUGUACUCACUGCUUAACUGUGUUUCUAGAUCACGCUCAUUUCAGGUCAAUUUACAUGCAGUGUGAAGAUACGAGCAUAAUAAAGAUCGCUAGCAUUAGCAUGCUAACACAACAAUGCAGCACAAGUUGUUUUGGUUUCAUGCUGGUGCUCAAGGGCGACAUCUGCUGGAUCAAAAAAUCACAUAUAAAGAUCCUUGCUCCAUUGAUACUUUAUACAUCUCCUGCCCCCCCCCCCCCCCUUUUGGCUUUCAGUGCAUGGUUUUAGAGGACUUAAGACCACAUGGAAGCAAACAUUACAAAAGGACUUUCAUUUGUUAUUCUUCCCUGAAAAUGUGACAGGAGAAUAAAAUACAAUGCAAUUGUGAAUGCAUUCAAUUUAUAUCCACCAGAAACAAUAAUCUGAAUUCUCUGUAAUGGUCUAGUUAUAUCAGCUGGACUGCACAAACACUUUAACAUUGGUUCAGUAGGCAUUACCAUAGACCUUGAAAGGAACAGAACAAGUCCUUUCAGAUGCAUUCUGGUGUUUCUGAUCCCUAACAUUCUGUUACUCCGCUGUCAGUCAGACUUUAUUGACAGGAGGACAGAGAAGCUGCUGAAUGACGCAGAGUCUGCCAGGUGACACUGCAGCAUAAAGUCAGCUUGAGAGUAGACAGUGCCUCAUUGGCAUGACCAUUAAUCGUAUAGCUAAGGCAGAAAUCAUUUUUCUUCAUUUAAAGAGGAUGGUAUAAUGAUGAUGACGUGCCAUUUUGCAAAUGUGUUUCAUUCAUUGGUAUGGAUCUUUUACCUUUCCCUUCCAGUUAUCACUCACCCUGCCGCUCAGUGGUGAUUUGUAGGCAAGUCAGUGCUGCUUUUUUUAAAUCCUCCAGAAUAUAAGACUUUAUCAAAUGAGAGAAGAUCUGUUUGUUCCAUUUCUUAAUUUGUUAGUUUUUUGCAUUUAUAUUGAUCUAUUUCAUCUUAAAGAAUGUCCAAAAUGUGUUAUUAGAAAUUUCCACCUUCAUCAUGGAAGUUAAACCUUUAUUUGUUUCCACUGCCUCCAUGCGGGGGGGCAGCUAUUUCAGGUACAAUAUCCCUUCAGUUUUUCAGCCACUUUUAAAUAUGCUGCUCUGCUGUGACUCUCUGCUAGUAAGCAGGUCUGAAGCUGGAACUAAUUACAGGGAAAAAAUAUAUUUGUAUUGUCAGUGUUUCUUUUAAAAUGGCACAUCAGCAUUUCUUACCCAUUAGGGAAACCAUUCAAACCAAUUGACUUAUUAAUAUAGUUUGACCUCUAGCCUCUCCUAUUAUAUACCCUAAUGACAUCCUUACUAACAUCACUUUCUUUAUAGAAAGUUAGGCUUUCCAGCCUUCCAGUAAGAGAUUGAAUGACCCAUUAUGUGAUAAUGCACCCCUUCUGGUUUCAAAGACAAUGUGUGGUCAGGUCAUUAAAGGUCAUUAAAGGUUCUCAUUGUGUGAUAUUUUUUUAUUUAUAUUAUAUUGUGUUGAUAGUGCAUGUAACACUGAUUAAUUAGAACCACAUAGCUGUGUUUGAAUUUGGAUUUACUGAACAUGUGGUUUGUGAACUGGGAUCAUGGGAAAUGUUAGUGUAUGACAUUUUCAUCUUGAUUUUUCAUGUAAUUCAAGAGGUUAAGGACAGUCAAAUCAAUAUUAUCACCGAGUCAGGAGAGGAAAUUUAGGUCGGGGAAUAUGAUUUUUUUUUUAUUUCUAACCUACAGUAUUAGGAAGGAGGUAUUUCUUUUGACUGUCUUUGACCUCUGAAGCAACAUGCUGUCAUCCUCCCUCAGAGCUGGGGAUAACUACACUUUGUACUUAACUUUAAAGAGUUCUCCUGUUUGCAGACGACUCUCCUGAAUAUGUAACUAUUUUAUAAUUUUGAAUUCCUGGAACGAUAGUCAGGACUUACUUAAUUGCAUUCUCAUUGUGCAUGUGUACUGUAGGAAACUGUAUUCUUUAACGUUAGAGUAAAGAGAGGUACAUCGAAUUAAAGGUCAUCUGAACAAAAACAUGUGCUAAGGUCACUUUAUGUUGAAAGAUGAAGAUGUAUUUUCUUGCAAAUAAAAAAAUUAAGUGCAA